CUUGAACAACCAUACAACAGUCGAUCCUACCAACGACAAGACCACAGACGACAAUAACCCCUACAGUCCAACACAAAAAGCACACCUCCAACCGCACCCGCGAAAGGCAUCAAUCCCUCCACCCUAUCAAAGUCAAACCUCGAAUCCAUCCUCAAAUCAAUCAAUCUCCGCCGCAAAGCCCGGGGGGUGGGAAACACACACCCCAACCGCAACAACACCAAACCUCCUCAAAAAAAGGAAAAAAAGGAACAAUCCCACCGAAAUGAACUUCUUCCGCAUAACCCUCACCCGCUCGGCAAUCGGCCUCCCGCGCCGAACAACAGACGUCCUCAAAUCGCUCGGUCUCAAAAAGCGCAUGGGCACCGUCUUCCACCCCGUGUCGCAGGACAUCGCGGGCAAGAUCAUGCGCGUGAAGGAACUGGUCGAGGUCCGCGAGAUCCAUCUGGAACGCAAGCCGGACCCGGGGUAUUAUGUUGAGAAGAGGUCGACUGCGGAGUUCCUCGAGCAGAGGGGGCAAUAG